AUGGAGCAGUCUCCAGACGGAUGCAAGGGAAGGAAGAAAGAGGUUGUUGGACAACCAAGCAUCGCCCAUGUUGAAGAAACUGGAGAGACCUGCGCUAGUGUUGCCUGUGCUGAUCCCUCCACCUCUCUCGCACUUCCCCUGGCUAAUCCUGCCCCCACUUUUCCACCCCUGAGAUCCAUGGAAACCACACUGCCCUGUUCGGACGAGAAUGUGGAGACGGAAAGGGAAGGAGACGAGAAAGGAGGCCAGGAAGGGAAGGAGAGGCUCGGCAGACAAUUGGAGGAGCAGGGUGAGGCGGAGAGGAUAUCCACCGUGGCCACUGAGGAGGGGAGGAGAGAGGAGGAGGGGAAGGAAGAAGAUGAAUUUGGAGUAUUCAUGCAGGCGGAGGGCGAGCCGGCCUGGAGCGAGGGAUCCACCGCUGCCUCAGUGCUUUCUGGGAGCAGAGAACGUGUUGCACAUGGGAGCCUCGCCACCACUGGGGAGCCGACCCACUGGACACCAGGCUGGACGGACAGCCUGGUCCAGCAAUCAGACGACACGUGGACGGCCUUCCCUCAGGACUCGUCAGAUGGAAGUGGAGAUGUGAUGGGACAGUGGUGGCCGACCAGCGCUGUGGAGAAGAGAAGAGAACCAGCCAAUCGGAAUCUGGCGGCUGUCUUCGCCACAGCCUUCCCCUCGCUGCCUGCUGCUUCCUCACCUGACCUCUCUGACCUCCACACUGUCCCUACGCUGAGCCAGCUGCUCAGGGGCCAGGCCGGUCAGGAGCAAGGGCUGCUGGACACUUUCCAUGACUUGAACAAAAUGAUUUGCCAGAGAUACAAGAGAGGGAACGGGGUGUCUCGUGAACUGCUGCUGAGGACUUUCCACCUGGAGACGCCGCGCACUGAAAGCAGACCUCCCCAAUGGACAGCCAAUCGUCGUCUCUCCCCCGGCCUCCCGUCGGCAAAUCAGCACGCCCAGAACGCUGCUGCUAAGCGACGGCUGUCAUACGACUACAACAGAAACAUCAUGGAGUAACAGUGCGGCUUGGCUCUGUUUGAACUGUGAUGCAUUAACGUUUUCCAGAAGAACUGCAGUGUCUGAAUUUACAACACAUGUACUAUUUGCUCUGACAAACACUGAUCUUUGACCUUUGCACACUCGUGGUUAUUAAAGCCUGAGCGGCAGUGAAGACGGAUGAACACGGAGCGACAGUUGUGUGUCAGAAGUUGUCUCCUCCAGCUCCUGUUGGUGUAAACUGCUGAAGUGUUUCCAUCAUGUGCCACCUGCUCCACCUCCACCUCUUAUCUGUUCUUUUUUUCGUUUUCCGCCUCCGAGUGAUAUUUUCCUACCUAAUAUUUUAUUAUCUGAGACGAUUGAAAUUGUACCUUACUAAAAAAAAUGUCACUGUGUCAGAGCAGCUGUAUGACAGAAAUGGUCUCUGUGCAGUAAAACUGACUUUCAAGGGAGGACAGAUUAAAAACAAAUAUCACAUCAUUCUUUCUUGCAUUCAUGAUUUUAGAAAGUCAGCAUGCUUUGCUAACUAUCUUAUCUGUAAUGACACAGGCAAACAUUUCUUCCCAAAGCUCUUUUUCUAUUAUCUUCAGCAAAAGGUGACAUUGUUUUUUUAUCCAGAACAUUGUCUGCAGCUCCACCCAUCAGAUUCUUUUCUGCCUCUUCAGCAGCUCUGGCAGAAAGAUGUAGCGCUAAUGUGUUCAUGUCAUGUGGAAAAGGAAGAAAGCAAUAAGAGCAAAGAGUUUCUGUUCCAACCUGCAAUUAUCCAAAGGAUCAGACACUUUAAGAUGGUGAUUUGCAAAGUUAUUUCUUAUUAUAUUAAAAGUCACUUAGCACUGAAUCAUUUAGGCUUUAAAAAAAAAUCACUGAAUAAGUCAAAGUAGGCAUUCCUGUUUGCUGUAACUAACAUGCAGUGCCGAGUAUAUCAGAGCUUUCUAAAAAACUACAUUUUAAGUUUAACAAAUAGUGACAAAAAGCUUCCGUUUCAGUUCCCACCUGAAAUAAUGUUUUUGUUAGAGAAAACUGGAUGCUCCUUUUUGGCUCUCCCUCCAUGGCGGUUUGACCUCAUAACCCCAGGAAAUCUUUAUUCAAACAUGCUGUUACAUCCCCCCAAAAAGCUGCUGUAUCAAACAUAUCUGAACGUCAGCUGGAUUCAUGCAAAUGUCGAAGCUCUCCCUUUCUUGUUUUUCGAAGCAAGCGAGAAUCAUGUGAUGCACUGCAGAGUAAAUCAUUAUUUUUACUGGCAGAAUGCUUAAGAUGAGUCCAGAUGCAUGUGCUUUCUUUGUGCAUCUGCUACAGAAAUGACAGGAAAUAAUUACUUUUGGUUCCUCAGAGAAACAAGUUAGUCUUCCAGUUAGUGCCAACAGGAACAGCAGUGAUAGUGUCAAUGUUUACGAGGUAACGGAGCGAGGCAGACACAUGCAGGAGGAGACGCCGCCUCUGGUUUAUCACACACGCUGAAGUGGACUCAAACAAUCACUCUGGCAAGUGAUGAUUCUCUCUGUCCCUCUGUCUGAAAUUCCUGUCUGCCUCUCCCCUCACCCUCAGUUGAGAUCACUUCACCGGCAAAAACUUGAAUCUAGCUGCCAAUAAAAACCAUAUUGUUCACAUUGUGAUGCGCUGUUUAAUUUAGACGUUCCACUACAUGUUAGGACUUGAUUUCACUCUGCAUUGCAUAUUUCACUUGUCAGCUCAAUUAUUUGUGAUGAUCACCAGAAAAAGAUGUGUGAAUGUGGGCGUGCGUGUGUGCCAUUUGUACAAAACUACAAAUUGCUGAAAAAGAAAAAGAUGAAUAUUUUCUGAUCUGUUAAAGUGAGGAGGAAGGAGUUGUCGCCUUGGUAACUGAUGUAAUAAAAUGAUACUGUGUGA